ACAAAAGUCUUCAGUUUCAUACUUGAGGGAAAAUUAAAUAGCUAAUAAAUAAAAAAAGGAUCAGAGUGAGUGAAAGAGAGAGAAGAAGCGUUUCGUCCUCUUCUUCGUUUUCCUUCUUCCAUUAAAUACAAACCAAGCUUUAUUCAGCUUUCACUUCAGUUUCUCUGUCUCCAUUGAGAGUAACAAAAUUCUAUUUAAAAAAAACCCUCAGUUUUCUGAUUCUCAUUUUGUUUCUCAAAUCGGAAGUUUCGAUUUCUGAAAGAAUCCUUCUCGUUCUUUGGUGGGUUCUGUUUUUUUAAAAAGAGUUCAGGUUGGGAAUUGCUAUAAAGCUUUGCCAUAUUGGGACUAAUGAGAGACGACUGAGAAGUUAAUACAUUUCCAAACUUUUGUGUGGACUGAUUAUGCAUAAAGAUCUGAUCUCAACAAGAGAUUGAGCCAAGAAGAAGAAAAAGAGAAGAGAUAAUGUGGUGGUGGUCUUCUUCAUCAAAAGGCCGUUCAAAUCUGGAGAGGUUUCUCUUAGGAGUCACUCCUAAGCCUCCUUCAUUCUCUCUUCCUCAGCAGCAGGGGAAGGAGGAGAUAAAGUAUUUCAUGCUCGGUGAUCUCUGGAACUAUUACGAUGAGCUGAGCGCGUAUGGUUUUGGAUCACGAGUUGAUCUAAGCAAUGGUGAAACUGUUAUGCAGUAUUAUGUCCCAUAUCUAUCUGCCAUCCAAAUCCACACUAACAAACCCGCUUUGAUGUCCAGGAGCCUGAGUGAGGUGGUUGAGUCCGAGAGUAGUGAAUGUUGGAGUGAUAGUGAAAGCGAGAAGUUGUUGUCAAGAUCCAUGAGCAAUGAUUCAAGCAAAACAUGGGAUGCUGUCUCUGAAGAUUCGGUUUUUGAUCCAGAUGGUACUAUAUUGCUGCGAGACAGACUUGGUUACCUUGACUUCAAGUACAUAGAAAGAGAUCCUCCUUACAAGCGGGUUCCCUUAACCGACAAGAUAAACGAGCUGGCUGAGAAAUAUCCGGGACUGAUGACCUUAAGGAGUGUCGAUAUGUCUCCUGCUAGUUGGAUGGCUGUUGCGUGGUACCCGAUAUAUCACAUCCCAAGCUGCGAGAACGAGAAGGACUUGACGACAUGCUUUUUAACUUAUCAUACUUUGUCUUCUUCGUUUCAAGAUAAUGUGGUGGAAGGAGAUUCUAGUAACAACAAAGUAAUGGAAGAAACAGAGUGUUGCGUUGUAAACAAGAGAAUACCAUUGCCUCCGUUUGGUUUAGCUGCUUACAAAAUGCAAGGAGAUCUUUGGGGCAAGACAGGGUUUGACCAGGACCGGUUGAUUUACCUUCAAAGCGCUGCAGAUUCAUGGCUGAAACAGCUGAAUGUUGACCACCAUGACUAUAACUUCUUCAUAAACUCCAACUUUUAAAGAUCAGUCGAAGGAGUCCUCUUAACGUUGACCCUUUCUUCCAAACACUUAAAAAAAAAAAAAAAACAUAACCUUGAAGUGUUCUUUGUUGUUGUCUGGCUCGUUGUGUUGCUUUAGGUAGCAACGGCCAUAGCGGAGUUUUUUUUUUUCUCAUGUUGGAAGCCAUGGAUGUUACUAAGAAGAGAAUAGAGUUUUUUUUUUUCUUGCAUGAGUGAGGGACCAUGUAAAUGAAGUUGGCUACUCUUUUACUUCUCUUCUGUCUCUUUUUUUUACUAAAUGGAUCUGUGAACUCUGUUUUGUACUUUUCUGUCUGAAAAUAUGA